UUGCGAAUUUGAAAAUUAUUUAGUGAAAAACAAUAAGAAAAUUUACACUCCUUGUGACACCUUCCUCCGAAUUGUCAAAAUUUGACACUACAAUGUCUGGUUUACAAACAAGCAGUUCGGCUGGAGGAUCCCGAUCCUCAGAUGUUGAAACCAAAUGUUGUGUGAUACACCACCGAUGGGUAUUUUGCACUCUCGCCUUUUUGGCAAUUUUCAUCUCCUCAAUCAUGUUCUCCCUCCCUUCUCUCCUACACGAGACCAAAACAAUUUCAUUAAAAAAAAUGAACGGAUCUGACUUUUGCUCCCUAAACCAUAAUUUUACUGUAAAAGUUUCGGUUCCAAAAGACCCCAAUUUGGCCACUAAGUACAUCACAUUAUUUGCAAUUCAUUGGGGGUACUUGUUGAGCUCCUUUGCGGGAGGGAUUUUCUCUGACCAAUUGGGGGGGAAGUACAUAGUAACUUUAAGCUUGCUUUUUGCUUCGUUUUGGUGUCUAGUGACUCCUGCAAUUGCUUUUUUGAGUAAAAACAGACCUGGAUGGAUGGCUGGAACGCAGUUUUUGAGGGGGUUUUUUAGAGGAAGUGUUCCUCCAGCAACCAUGUCGCUGCUUGCUCGAUGGGUUACUGAUACAGAAAGGACAACAAUGAGUUGCCUAGUCUAUGGUGGUUACCUCCUAGCCCAAGAAAUAUCCUCUGAAAUGAAAGAAAAACUAACGCAAGAAAUGUCCUAUUUCGUGUUUGGUUCAAUAGGGGUUGGUUUUUGCUUCUUGUGGCACUUGUUUUUGUACCCAAGUCCUGAAGACCACCCUGGUAUUACGCCCAAUGAACUGAAAUUUUUGGACGAAAAUACUGAAGAUAGGCCGGUCAAAGGGCGGAAAAAAACCCCAUGGACCCGAAUCCUCACCUCUCGUCCUUUCUGGGCCCUUGUGUUUCUUCAAAUUGGGUUAUCGUGGAACUGGGUUGUUUAUUUGCACGCCUAUAAUGUCUAUAUGCCCGGAGUUUUGAAAUUCGAAGAUUACCACCACACAAUUUGGAGAACCCCUUUUUACCUAUUCUUCGGUUUGGCUCUUGUUUUUGGUUUUGUUUUCGACUGGUUUAUCAAAGGGAAGCAUUUAAGUGUGACCAAUGCGCGAAAAAUCGCCAGUCUUAUUGGAAAUAUUGGAUCUGCUUGCAGUUUCAUGUUUGUGAUUUUUCGCGGUUGUGACAGCAAUGCCGUUAUGAUUCAUUUUACAGUCGGGUUGUGUUUCGAAGCGUUUUUUUAUUCGUCGUGUCGAGUGAAUCAUUUGGAUUUGACUUCGAUUUUUGCUGGGACGUUGAUGGGAAUCACGCAAAGUGUUGAUAGAAUUUUAGAACAUGUUUCUGAUUCGCAGCUUCCGUUAAGGUUAACGGCAGAAAGCAGUUUGACCCAGUGGGCCGCGUUGUUUUGGUUCACUUUUGGAUUGAAUCUUCUUUCGACGUGCGUUUUUUUGGUUUUUGGAAGUGGGAUAAGACAAGAAUGGGAUUCUAUUUAAUAAACGAUAAAAAUCUAAACGCAAA